AUGAGCACCGAAAAGUACGACGAGACGCUUGCCAAGCUGACGAAGGCGAUGGCCGAUUUGAAGGAAAAGACCGUGGACUGCAAACAAACUCUCGAAGAAACCGAAACAAUGUUCGAUGAAGCCUCGGCCGCUAAAGUUGAGUCUCUCAAGGCUUCCAAUGAAUUCAUCAAAGGCCAGAGGGAUGAACUGCUUGAAGGAGAAGGUAAAGUACAGAAAGCGUUUGUCGCAUCGGCGUGCUUCAAAACCAAGAAGCACGCGCUUGGGGACAAGAGAGACGAGGAAUUGGAGGAAUAUCGGGGCAGGCAAGUCAGUCUUGGCCGUGAAAUCAGAGAAAAUGACGCUAUGAUCAAGAGCUUGGAAGAACGCCCACAAGACCAGGACAAGUCAGGCGGAUCCGAGGCAAAAUAG